AUGGCAACAUCUACCACGGCCUCGCGAGGCCUGUACCCCCAGAUCCUGCCCGAAUACGAGUCGCGCGACCAGAUCAAUCCAACGUUGAUGAUGAGCUGGUGGGCCACGGCUUUCUCGCUGGCCAUCAUCAUCGUCCGCCUCUGUGGCCGAUAUGUCCGCAUCGAGAGGUUUUUUCCCGAAGACAAGAUCAUGAUGAUUAGCGUGAUCCCACUGACCAUUCGGAUGGUGCUGGUGCAUUUUGUCUUGAUCUGGGGCACCAACAACAGCCAAUUGGGCCAUCUGACAACGGAGGAAAUCUCGAGAAGGCAAAUGGGAAGUAAAUUGGUACUUGCGGCUCGAAUCUUCUAUGCCAUCUUCAUCUGGACAGCGAAACUCACCGUCUGCGAAUUCCUGAAGCGUGUCACCGGAAUGGUCUGGCGUCGGUCCAUCGCCAUAUUCCUCCGCUUUAUCCAUUUCUUCCUCGUAUCGACCCUCAUCGCCGUCAUCAUUGCGACGCUGGCGGAAUGCCAGCCUUUCGAGAAUUACUGGCAGGUCAUUCCCGACCCUGGUCCCAGAUGUCGCAGCGGAUAUGCCAACCUCAUCACAAUGGGUACAUGCGAUGUCAUUACAGAUCUUCUUCUCAUUGCCUUCCCUGUCCCAAUUAUCAUGAUGGCACACAUUCCUCUCAAACGCAAGCUUGCUCUUGCCGUGCUUUUCUGCCUCUCCCUCAUUCUCGUCGCCAUCACCUGCUACCGCGUGCCGUCCGUCAUCGAGCAUUCCGGCUCACAACAGUAUCGCUCCCUGAUCGCAUCAUUCGAGAUCCUCGCUGCGACGGCCGUCUCCAACAUGCUUGUGAUUGGCUCAUUCGUUCGCGAUCGCGGCGUCAAGAAGCUCAAGUACAAACGUGACCAAGGAUCUGCCUCCGUUAGCGAAAGCAUGGAUACCAGUAAUGUCCGUCGCAACACCGUCAUGCAGCAUCAAUGGGGCAGUGAUCGUGAUCUCGCCGCAGACCUCGGCAUCAGACUUGAUCCCAAGCUAUACUCGUCAGUUCCAUCAGGGGCAUUUCCGGUCCCCGUUCCUCCCGUCCCUCUCCUUGUCGCUCGCACAGGACCUCUUGACCCAUCUUGGUCCUUCCACCAGGGCCGACCGUCAGACGAUCACGCCUCGACGACAGACAGUCUCGACAUCAAAGUUAGCCCACGCGAGUACAUACAAACCAACCAGUCACCGCGCGAGAGAACUCCAACAUCACCAUCAACACUUUCAUCACGUGCUGUCUCUUUCUUCGAUGUCGGCGGCUUGCUGAACCACGAAGACGCCGAUGUACAGCCCGAUCCUCGCGUCCGUCCACACACCGUUGUCGCCACCAACCCUUCCUCUAACGGCAUAGAAAUGCAGCGACAUCGUCGUGGGAGCCGCGCUUUCCUGGAAGAUCUUGGUGUCAUAGCACCUCGCACAACUCGUUCGGCUCUACCGAGAGCUUCCACCUCGCCAGCGGGGUCGAGUUCCAUAACACAUACCCUCCCCCCUUACCGAGUCUCCCCCGACGUCUCUCUUGAUAUCGGCGUUGAACUGCGCGAUGUCAGCGGACUAAUAUCGAGACACGCCCCCUCGCACCCCCCUCCCCUCUCCUGA